AUGAGUUCUAAGUCGAGACCAAGAUGUUUCUUUGACGUUAAAAUCGACGAUAAAGAAGUUGGUCGCAUUAUAUUCGAAUUAUUUAGUGAAAAAUGUCCAAAGACCUGCGAAAAUUUUCGAUCAUUAUGUACUGGCGAAUGUGGAAGUGGAUUAACAACAUAUAAAAAACUACAUUACAAAGGAUGUUGUUUUCAUCGUGUUGUCAAAGAUUUUAUGAUACAAGGCGGUGAUUUUUCAGAGGGUAAUGGAACAGGUGGAGAAUCAAUCUAUGGCGGGUGUUUCCCCGAUGAAAACUUUGAUCUAAAACAUGAUCGUCCCUAUUUAUUAUCAAUGGCCAACCGUGGCCGAGACACGAACGGAAGUCAAUUUUUCAUUACAACAGCUCCAGCACCUCAUUUAGAUGGUAUACACGUUGUGUUUGGUCAAGUGAUUACUGGUCAAAAUUUAAUAAAACAAAUUGAAAAUUUACCAGUUGACACGAAUAAUCGACCAAAAUCUAAUGUGACGAUUUCACAUGCUGGUCAACUUGUAUUAGUUAAAAAAAAUGAAAAGUCAAAAAAACGUAAAAAGGAUACGGGUGAUAGUGAAAACCGGCGAAGUCGUUCGGAUUCAAGUUCAAGUUCAUCGUCAUCAUCAAGUUCAACAACGGUCAGUGAAACAAGUGUCGAUGAAUCAGCAACCACGACAGCAGCAGUCAUUGCAGGGACAAAUAAUUUAGAAGAUAUUGGUGAUGAAAAUGACGAAAUUCCACCAAAAACAAAAAAAGAAAAGAAAAAAUUAAGUAAAAAAAAAAAGAAGAAAGAAAAACACCGUAAAAAGAAAAAGUAUGCAAAAAAAUUGGCUAAAUUAGCAAAAUUAAACGAACAAGAUGAUCACAAAGGUGAAGAAGAUCCGCUACAAGAACUAGAGGCCAAAAAAAAAAUAUCAAAUGAAAAUGAAGUUUCCGGGCGCGAAAUGAUGGGAUUGAAAACAAUGAUCGAUCCAGAAGAAGUACCAGAAAUUCCUACACAAAAAUUUUUACUGAGAAAUGUUGGUGAUGGACCAGCACAACAACAAGAUCAAAGUGAUCAAGAUAAACAAACGUCCUACAAUGAUACAAAUCAAAGGCAAACGCGUACUCAACGUUAUGAUCGUUAUUAUCAAAAAAAAGAUGCCAAUGGUAGACCUGUUAAAGGUCGUGGAAACUUGCGAUACACUGGUCGAAGUCAUUCGCGUUCUAUAACUCCACCUCACUGGCGUUCGGCAUUACGAGAUCGUGUACGUCUUGAGGAGAGAAAAAACGAAAUGAUUACAAGUGCAAAUAAUAUAGCUGUUGAAUCACAGGGCAGCGCAAACAUCAGCUCCAAUGAGAUUUCUGAUGAACAUAAUCAAAGUUUAAAGCGUCCAUAUUCUCGUACAAAUACUGAAGGUGAGUUACAAGGCCAAAGACAACAUUCGUCAUAUGAAAAUCAAGAGAACGAAGAUGUUAUUGAAGCUAAUUUGAGUAAACGUUCAAAACGAAAUGAGAGUUUUUCUAAAACAUCUCAAAAACAAUCAAUUCCAAGUGUUAUUCGACGAACGUCACAAGAAAAAUCACCACCAAAACAAUCCUAUCAUAAUCACCAGCAACAUUAUCGAAGUGAGAGAGGAGAUAGGGAUCGACACCAUCAUCGAACAUCAACACGACACGCAGAUGAUGAAUCAACCAAUGAGAAUAAUACAAGAAAUACAAAACAUAACGAAAAAAAUAAGCCGGAGAGCAGUAAAGAACAAGCUGGUACAACAACGUCGACAAAUAUAGAUGCAGAAUUAUCUAACAUAGCCAAAAGUCAACAACAGUCAUCCUCGGGUAAUGUUCGUCGUUCUCGUUCAAAUUCACCAGCGGCUAUGGACCAUCGUCGUACAGAUUCUUCACGUGGAACAAAAGACGACCGAUACCAACGAAAAGACUCUUCCUAUCGUCAUCAGCAGGAUUCUAGGGAAGAUCGAAAUUAUCCAAGUAGCACUGCCAAUAAUAGAAAAGAAUCAGAUUCUCACCAUCGUUCAUCAUAUCGCAGUAACCGUGAGAAAGAGCGAGACCGUGAAUCACCGAAAAGAACAAAUCGUUCACCUUAUCAUUCAUCCUCUUCUCGACGCUAUGCAGAACAUCGGCGUACACCUUCACCGUCAAAAGGUGAUCAUGGAGUCAGAAAAACAACAGAAAAUAAAUCACCAGCGAAGCAGCAACACCAACAACAAGCACAGGUUGAACCGACACAAAAUAUGAUUUCCAAUAAUAGUACUUCUGUACUAAGUGAAGAAAAUACCUCAACCGACCCAUCCCGCGAUCAUGUUUCUUCAAUCAUAGCAGCAUUACGAGAAGUGGCUCAUCAGCCCCCUCCUCCGCCUCCUCCGCCACCGUCUGCUCCAGUCAUUUCAAAUAUGCAAGUUCCUGUUCAAUCUGCAACAACAAAAUCUCGAAGUCGUUGGGAGAAUGCCGAAGAUUUUACGUUUCGCCAAAUUGUUGCAAGUGCAACAGUCUUGGCCAGUGCCACUGCUCAUCAUACGUCCGAUAAUGAAAUGUCCCUUGAAGAUGAAUUGAGAAUGAUUGCGAAAUCCUCGGGUACAUCAGCACCUACAGUCGCCGAAACUAAUUUAUUCCACGAAAUACAGCAGCAACCAAUCUAUCGUGAAGAUAUUCCAGUCAAAUAUAGCGAACAUGAAGAGCCAAAACAAAAGACAAAUAAACCUAUAGAUGUUUCCCAAACUAAAAGUCCGUCGUCCACGACAAAGUCAAAAUGGGAUGACGAUGAAGAAGAGAACUAUAAUAAAAUGGACGUCCAAGUACACCCGGCGCGAACGGAAGAAAAAGUACAACGACCUCAACAUGAGCAAAUUUUCCGCACAAAAUCUCCACAGAGAAGUGAAAAAACGAAAAGUAUGGGCGAUUCAGAUGUUGGUGAUUUAGAUGAACAGAAUGAAAGAGAGAAUAAGAACAAACCAGAAAAGUUGAACGUUUCAGAGAAGAGUGAAGCUUCAUCGAAACGUUCCCGAAACAACUCUUCUGCCGAUAAAUAUUCACCAUCGAAAAAAUCUCAUCGUAGUCGUUCAAAAAGCCCACCAGCUUCAGUUUCGAAAGAAUCAUCUUCUAAAGUUGGAAAAUCUACUACACCGAGUAAAAAACGUGACGCUUCUACAUCGUCCACAUCAUCAAGCAAUUCAUCAAAAUCUUCAACUUCAAAAGGUUCGAAAGCAAGUGACGGUGAUAAAGGCAAAAGAGCACAAAACAAAUCUUCGCCUCAAAAACCAACCUCAAAAUCGUCUUAUCGUAGCGAUCGUGGUGAUCGAGACAGACGAGAUCGCGACAGACGUUCCAGAAGUCGUAAUCAUUAUCGUUCAUCGUAUAACUCGUCAUCAUCACGUGCAAGAAACUAUUAUGAUUCGGGUGAGUUUGAAGAGUAUUCUCUACUAAAACAAUUGUUUGAAGACGAGUUUGCUAGAUCCUCAAAAGUACUGUUGUCACCAGUUGAGGGUCAUGACUAUGAUCGAGGUUAUGGUGGUGGCAGUAGCAGUAAACGAUACGAAAACAGUCGACGAAAUGACUAUGGCGACAGAUAUCAUGACGAUAGACACCACAGUGACAUAAGAUCAGAUCGACAUCGUGACAAAGAUUAUGAGAGAGACAGAGGUCGAGAUCGUCAUUUAGAUCGAAACGACAGAUCAUCUGGUCGGCGACGUACAUCAUCUCGGGAUCGAGAUCGUCGUACUGAUUUGGAAAGAAAAGGGAGAAAAUCAUCUACUUCCACGGUUGAAAAAAACAAAAAUGUCGAAAAAAAACCAACAUUGAGCCAUUUAGAACAAAUGACUGAACAAAAACCAGUUUCUGACGGCUCAUCUUCAUCCGAUUCCUCUUCGAGAUCAUCGUCGUCUGAUUCUUCGGCUUCUAGCAGAGAAUCGCCAAAUCAUUCGAAACGAGAUUCAGAUAAAACUACAACAGAAAAAAAAGGAAAAGAGAAGUUGUCAUCACCACACCACAAACAUGGUAGUCAUCAUCGACAUCAUAGAUCGAACUCCAAUGAAGAUCUGAAAACGUCAAAAAAGUCGUCUGAUUCGACAACUCCAUCCAAAUCUAGAGGCGAAACUGAGAUUUUUGACACAGAUUAUGAAACCGCACAACCACGUAUCGUACAACCGGAGAGAAAAAUUCGUAUUGAACUUUCAUUCGACAAACAAACACCUCAUCCACCACCUGAAACACCUCCAUCCUCACCACCUCCAUCACCAACAAAUGAAGAAAACCAGCAGAAACUACACACGUUAAUAGAUCCGGAUGUAUCAUUUAUUUCAACAACAACAACGGUUACAGAAACAACAACGACUACAAUCACUAAGGAAAGAUACGUGGGUGAACGACAGGAUGAAGACAUGGAAUUGAGUGAUACUGAAAGAAGUCCAGAACAGCAACAUUAUCAAAGAAAACAAGAGAGAAUACACUCCUCACCAUCAAGUGAAGCUAAUGUACAAUUGGAUUCGGAAUUUUUUUCAAAUGAUGUAUCACAACCAAAAAAAAGACAAACAGAAUCAAAUUCACAUAAACAAAGUCAACAACUUUAUUCAUCGGAUAAUGAAAAUGAUAACAGUAUGGAUUUAGAUAGUGUACCAUUACCCACAGAUGAAUCAAACAGAAUAAAAAAUGACGAGAGUAGAAAACAACAACAGCGUUCAAGAAAUCGAACUUCAGAUUCAAACUUUUCGCAUGAUAGAAAAGAAGAAAGAAAACAACGUCGAUCUAAAACACCUUCACCGUCACCACGACGUGUUUCAAAACAAGAAACAAAACCAAGACAACAUUUGAGUGAGAGUGGCGAAGAACAAGAGAUACAACGUCGACAUCAACACCGAAAAGCUGAUGAAGCAAUAGAAAAAAGUGAACAAGUUAAGUCAAAUACCGACUCAAAGCAGAAUGAGAUUUCAUCUAACAGAUCGUCCAAACAUGCGGAUUAUUCACAAGAACCUCAGAGAGAUACAAAGUUGUCAAAUACUGUUUCGUCACAUCAGAGCACGAAAGUCGAUGUUUUACCAUCUAAUAAAGAACAACAACAACAUGAUAAACCAUCUCAAAAAGGUCGAAGUUCACGCUCAUCAUCCGCCAGUUCGAGUUCCUCUUCGAGUUCUCAUUCUUCAUCCGGAAGUAAUCUGUUUUGUUUAAAUCAUGUUUGUUUUGAAAUGAUGUUUAGUGCUUCGCCGAUAACUGAUAGUUCAACUGGUUAUUCUUCCAACUCAACUAGCGAUAAUAGAUCAACAACCACAAUGUCUUCUGCCACGAAUCUUUCAUCACCAACAACGCCUUCUUCUACUUCUACUUCUACUUCUUCCUCUUAUAUCACUCGUCCUCGAAUAUUAUUAACCGGCUUACGUCGUAGUGGUAAAACAUCAAUACAAAAAGUGAUAUUCAAUAAAAUGCAACCAUUAGAAACAAAAUUUUUAGAAUCAACUAAACAAAUGCUAACAACUGAUUUUACAUGUGGAUCAUUUAUUAAUUUUCAAUUACAAGAAAUACCUGGACAAUUAUCAUUAUUUAAAGAUCAAGAUACAUUAAAUAUUGAACGAUUAUUAAAACAAUGCAAUGCUGUUGUUUAUAUUAUAGAUGCUCAAGAUGAUUAUCAAGAAUCGAUUCAACGUUUAAUAUUAAUUAUUCAAAAUGGUCAUCGUGUUAAUCCUCGAAUACGCUAUGAAAUAUUUAUUCACAAGGUCGAUGGUCUAGUAGAAGACACAAAAAUAGAAACACAGCGUGAUAUUCAUAAUCAAGUAUGUGAUCGGUUAGAAGCUACGAAUAAUAGAGCCGCCGGUAUUAAUAAUACUAGUGAUGGACAGAUUUCAUCCACGUAUCUGGAUGCAUAUGAUAUUCUAAUUACUUUUCAUUUGACAUCAAUAUUUGAUCAUAGUAUAUUUGAAGCAUUCUCAAAAGUUGUACAAAAAUUAUUACCACAAUUUCACUCGUUGGAAAGAUGUUUAAAUUUAUUAUUGAGUAGUUCAAAUAUUGAACAAGCAUUCUUAUUUGAUGUGCAAACAAAAAUUAGCAUUGCCAAUGACUCAUCACCAACUGAUAUGCAAAUGUAUGAACUAUGUUGUGAUAUGAUUGAUUUAUUAUUGGAUUUAUCAAAUAUUUACGGGUUACCACCAAAUAAAGAACGAGCAGCUAAUGAUAGUCCUGUUGAAUCUGAUUCUGAAGAUUCAGCAUACCCGGAGGAACCUGCUAAUUUCUGGGAUCAGCAUGGUAUGGGUAAUGGUAUGAAUGGUGAUGAUGAUGAUCUACCUCAAGAUAUGAAUUAUAAUAGUCAUAAUGGAAAUUCACCCCAAACUGAAUCUAUUGAUGAUGAUAUCAUAAGUACAACUCCCACCCAACCAACAUCGGCACGUUUAACGCCUCCUACUCAUACUGGUGGAAUUGUUCAUCAUACAACAUCAGCUCCUGCCUUCUCCGUAUUUGAUAGUAUGUCAUCAUCUAUUAUCAAAUUAACUGGCGGUCGUGCUUUAUAUUUAAAAGAAAUCAAUCGUCAUCUAGCCUUAAUAUGUAUCCUUCGAGAAGAAGCAUUGACCAAACAAGCUAUUAUUGAUUAUAAUGUAAAACAAUUGAAAAAAGCAAUCAUUAAUAUAUUCAAAUUAAACUCAAAAGGAAACAAUCAUAAUAAUCAAAAUAUCAUACAACAAGAUAUGACUGAUAUUAUUAAUUAA